CAGCGGUGGGGCGAGGCACGAAAGCGCACCCCAUCCCGAUCUCACCAAAAGAACGAACCGAACCGAGACUCCGCAAAAGAGACAGCGGCGGCGGAGGAGGUGAACGGGAGGAGCAAGACACAGCGCGACACGCGAGAUACAGCGAGACCAGGGCUGAUCGCCGUCCCGCAUUCAUGGUGUCGCACCAGCACGGCGGCGACGUGUCGACCUCGCUGACAGUGCGGGGGUCGGCGUCCGUCGUCGGGGCUGGCGCUGGGAGCGACGGGCGAGGGAGCGCAAGUGCGGGCGCAAGCCUGAGCGGCAGGACGGCUGGCUCAGGAAAUGGUGGAGGAGGCGGGUCUCAUGUCUCAUCCCGCGCCCGCCGCUACAACCGGUCGCACGCUGGAGGCGUCGCAUUUGUGCCCCAGAACGAGUUCCCCGUCUUCAGCCACAGCGGCGACGUCGAGAUCGUCGUGCGCGUCGCCAGCGGCCACGAGAACAGAUAUCUGCUACACCGACAUACCCUCACCCGCUGCUCUGGUUUCUUCGAGGCCAGCACCAGUAAAGAAUGGUCGCGCGCUCAGACGGUGCCCGACGUGUCGCUAUCGCCAGCUCCGCCAGCCGUCCCGGCAAUUGAGGCGGCCAGCGGGAGCAACAGCAAUGGCAAUGGCAACAGUACCGGCGCAGAGUUGGCGAGGAUAGACGAUCGAAGUAAUGGCGGGAACGGGAGCGGCAGCGAAGGCGGUAGCACACCACGGCCCAUGGGCUUGGGUCCGCUGCGGAAAAGGUGGAGGUACGAGCUGGACACUGGGACGGGAGACAACGACAUACCAAUGCUGGUGCAGAAGCCCGAGAGCAGCGGGCCGCCCACGGCGGGCAGUCUGACGUCGCCCAGCUCCAUAUUCGGCGGGCCGAGUCCGUCAAGCCGGCACCACCACAGCAGCAGCGGCAGCGGUAAGCCGUCGCGCGCCUUCUUCCGCUCCGUCGCCAACCUCAGCCUUUCGUCCACCCACCAUGCAGCGGCAGCCCCCCUGGAGCCCCCCACGCACGCCGAACAGGAUCUGCUGCGCGACUACGACAACCUGUUCCGCAUCAUGUACAACUACCCGCCGUACCUCGACGGCAUAAACAUCGCCGACGCCUACGUGCAGUGCAAGUCGCUACUGACGCUGGCGGACCAGUACGACGCGCUGGCCGUAGUCGGCCCCCGUGUUGACCACCAUCUGCUGCAGUUCCAGUCGCGUCUGUGGCGGCAGAUCGCAAAGUAUCCCAUCAGCUACCUACGGCUGGGCUACCUGGCCCGGUCCAAGGUCAUGUUUCAGGAGGCGCUGAUCCACGUGGUCGGCCAGUGGCCCGCAGGCGAGCGGUCGAUCCGGGCCGCCAUGCCCGACACAGUGCUCGACAUCAUCGAGGACAAGGUGGAUGAGCUCGAGGAGACGAUCAGCCGUAUCGAGGCGCGCCUGUUCCGCCUCACCCUCACCAACCCGCGCUCCGGCGAGCGCGUCACCCCCGCCACAAACUACCUCGACUGGCUGGCCGUCAGCCUGUUUCGCCAGUGGCUUGCCGACAACACCACGCCGCCCAUGCCGCCAAUACCCGACCGCACCCGAGGUGCUGGCGGGCACCGCGACGCGGCAGGCGGCGGGUCUCGCGCCCGCGUGGCGAGCAACAGCAGCAGCAGCAACGCCAGCGCAGCCGGGGCGGGUCAUGGCCGGUCAUCAGGCGGCGGUAGCGGCGGCGGCGGCGGCGGCGGCGGGCCCGGGCACGGCGUCCUCGUGGCGCCGGUGCCGCCGCUGGCAUCGCUCGGCAAGACGUACCGAAUCCUCGGCGGCGCCGCGGCCGGCACGAGCAGCGCGUCGCCCGACAAGGGCUACCUGGCGCACGACGAGUGCAAGCGCUUCCUCAAGCUCACGCCCGACCUGUACAGCCGCGACAACCUGCGGCGCUUCGAGAAGCGCGUCGACGAGCUCAAGGCCAUGGCCCGCGAGGUCGUCCGCCCGCUCAUGGGCACCGGCCUCGAGCUCGAGCUCGGCGCCGGCGGCGCCAUCGCCCCCACCGGCAUCGCCUAUCUGACCUGCACCACGCUGGCUGACAGGGACCUGCCGUGGCUCGUGUACGACUAAUGACGGCGGACGGCGGGCGGCCGGGCUGCGCGGGAGAAGGUACAUACCUAAUGAUUUCUGGUGGCACAUGUAUAUGGGAAAGAGAAUGAUGGCAUGACGGAUGAACGAGGAAGGUAAUAAUGAACACGACUCUUUUCUUGCUCCUUUUCGGGGCUGCGACUCUUAUACCGGACCGGCUGGGGAAUUGCUUUUUUUAUUAUAAUGUUUGACUGGGUAUGGCUGCCUUACUGUACGGCUGAACGGAUGGACGGACGGAUGGACCUGGAGUCUCUUCUUCUCUUCUGCCUGUGAAUCUCUCUCUCUCGUGUUCCAAGUCUCUACGGUACUUCACUGCCCAUCUGACUACAGUGCUCGGUCACUUGUUUCUCUUCGUUUCUUUCUCGGUCUAUACCAUUUAUUCUGGCUUGGAAGAGUCUUUAUAUAUGGCUCAGCCUAUGAUUGCCCCCAAUCCCCCCCCCCCC